CUCUCUCUCUCUCUCUCUCUUAAAUUAUUCUACCACAAACCUCAACCUCCGCUUUCUCUCUCUCUCUCUCUCUCUUCCUCCAUCGGAGAGAUUUACUACGUUCAUACAAAUAUUAUUAUUGUAGAGAGAAAGCUAGAGAUCGAGCUCGUCGGAAUCUCUAUCCGGAAGAAAUGGCUCAGAGGACAGAGAAGGAGGAGACGGAGUUCAAGGUUCCAGAUACCUUAACGCACUGCGUCAACAACUGCGGCGUCACAGGCAAUCCCGCCACCAACAACAUGUGCCAGAAGUGCUUCAACGCAACCACCUCCACGCCUACAACCGUCGCCACCGCAACAACAUCAUCAACAACCGCCGCGGUUUUCAAGUUCUCCGGCGAGAAGGUCCCGAGAUCCAGCUCGUUUCGCUUCGACGCUCCUCCCUCCGAAACCAUCCGUAAAGCGGCCGCGUCGGCGGAGAGCACGAGAUCGGAGGAGUCGUCGAUGAGGCGCGUGGUCAACCGGUGCUCCGGAUGCCGGAGAAAGGUGGGGUUGACCGGAUUCCGGUGCCGGUGCGGGGAGCUGUUCUGUUCAGAGCACCGGUAUUCGGAUCGGCACGUGUGUAGCUACGACUACAAGGCCGCCGGUCGCGAGGCCAUAGCCAGAGAAAACCCCGUGGUCAAGGCCGCCAAGAUCGUCAGGGUUUGAUUUUCAUAUUUAAACAUUUGUAGAAAAUGAAAAAAAAACAUGCAUCAAAAUUCUAGAAAUUCCUCGAUAAAAAAAAAGAAACAGAGGAAUUAGUGCUCGGUUGUUCGUGGUGUCUCUUCCCCGGAGAUCACCGGACGAUCGUUUAGAGCAGAAGAGAGAGAAAGAUGACUUCGGCUUCGUUAUUGCUUGAAAGAAACUCAAAAUCUCUCUCGAUCAUGGAUUAUUACUACUAUUUUUGUUAAAUUUUAAUUUUUUGGUGUGUUGUUAUUUGUUUGGAAAUGAUAAAUUAUUGUGAUUUACGAUGAUGAUGAUAUUCGACGUGUUGGUUGUUCUUGCUUUUCUUGUUUUCCUUUUCCAUAUUCGUAUGCAAUUCUUGUGAAGGGACAGGGUGUUUUUCGUCAUUUAGCGAAUUUCAACUGGUAAAUCGGUUGGGGAAGGUUUCCGGGGCCCACGGAAUGGGACGUUGUCAAUUAUUGAGUUUCUCGCGAUAUAAUGGGACGAGAAGUUGGUGUCUCUCUCUCGCGUAAAGUAGGAGGCCGAAUAGGAUGGCGACACGCGUCCACGGCAUGACGGGAAAGACUCUGGAAAAGCUGUAAAGUGGUGGUGAAGGGAACACUUGCGUGUCUGAUAAUUAGUUGCUCUUUUUCAUUAUUAAAAGCGGGAGAUCGGACGGUGGAGAUUGAGUGCUGGUGAGUGGUGAGAACAGACGGCGCGGAUCAGUGCUUGAAGGGAGGCUGGGGAUGGGGACCACAUUGUGGUAGGUCUCUCCUCCUGGUUGGCGACCCUUGAGAGACAUGAAAAGCUGUCAGAAAGAAAGAGAACACAAUUAAGGAACUGACCCAAACAAGAAAAAUCGAACUUGUUUUUUUUUUUUUCAUUCUCGAUUUGUUCUGGGUAAUGCAGUGACUACAUACGAAAAUUAUUUUU